CACAAAACGAUUUCACUAUGCCUGCAGCACAUGCGUCUCUUUUUGUUCUGCUUCUCUUUCCUACAGGGUGCCUUGAGUCAUUGGAAACUCGUCAUGAAGUCAUUGUUAACUUUGGAAAAGACGCAGUCCUUAAUUGCAAGCUCAUGCAACAGCUGGAGGUUCUUCAAGUCACGUGGAAUAAAGAAGUUGAAAAGACUAAACAAGAUGUGGGCACCUCUAAUAAACGCCAUGGUCCUGUGAUCAACUCUCAUUUUAAGGGGAAGGUAGAGUUUAGUGACCCUGGACUGCACAACAAUUCUAUUGUUAUCAGGAAUGUGACACGGAAGGAUGAGUGUUGCUACAAUUGUCUGUUUAUCAUCUACCCAUACGAAGACAUCUCUGAGAAGCACUGUAUCAAAGUUCAUGAGCUGUAUGAACCCAGUCUCCUCACAACAAAAACAAACAACACCAAUGGCACCUCAUUCGUUUCCUGCUCUGCCACUGGACGGCCUGCUCCAACUGUGACGUGGGAAAUCCCUGAACAUCUCCCUCUGUUAAACUCCAGCACUAUCCACGUUCCUCACCCCAAUGGAACCAUCACUGUCACCUCAACCGGCAGGGUGACAGUGGCCCAAGACACGUUGGUUAGGUGUGUGGCAUCACAGUCCCCAGGGGGUGCCAGCAAAGAGGCGUCCAUGUUGAUUACAGCAACUGACCAAGCGUUUGUUCCAUCUGAACAGGUGGAUCAGGUCACAGAGAGAAGUCGUAAGUAUUGUCAUGUUUCAUAUUUGACCAUUUAAUUGACCCAUUGACCAGCUGUAAUGUACCUUUACAUGUACUGUACCAUUACCUUAA